AUGGCGUCGCGCUGCUUCGCGGGUGUGGGGGAUAGGGGUGACCUGGAGGUGGCUGGUGGUGGCGGCACCCGGAGGAGCCGGGCCUGGCGGCGGCCCCAGAGCUCACCGCAACCCCCGCGGAGGCCGCGCAGGGGUGACCUUCCAGCGGGAGACGUGGGGUCGGUGCCGGCCUGGCGGCGUCUGUGCCAGCGCGGCGUGAGGGGGAGGGCGGGAUGUGGGAGCGGAGCGAACCCCCCCCCGCCUCGGUGGUGCCUCCCGACGGGGGAUGGCACCGUUUGGCCCCGCGGGUGGCGACGUUGUCUCCGAGAGGGUGAACCUGUCAGAGUCCUGGUGACUGGAGCUGCUGGGCAGAUUGCUUACUCCCUGCUCUACAGCAUUGCCAAGGGAGAUGUCUUCGGCAAAGACCAGCCUCUUAUUCUUGUGCUGCUGGACAUCACUCCUAUGAUGACUGUACUGGAAGGUGUGGUGAUGGAGCUGCAGGACUGUGCUCUGCCACUGCUCAGAGAGGUCAUUCCAACAGACAAGGAGGAAGUUGCAUUCAAAGACCUUGACAUAGCGAUUCUGGUUGGCUCCAUGCCAAGGAGAGAGGGCAUGGAAAGGAAGGAUUUACUCAAAGCAAAUGUGAAAAUUUUCAAGUCUCAGGGUGCAGCCUUGGACAAGUAUGCCAAAAAGUCUGUCAAGGUUGUGGUAGUUGGGAAUCCAGCAAAUACUAACUGCCUGAUUGCAUCAAAGUCAGCUCCAUCUAUACCAAAGGAAAACUUCAGCUGCUUAACUCGUUUGGAUCACAACAGAGCCAAAUCUCAGAUUGCUCUGAAACUUGGUGUGACUGCUAAUGAUGUGAAGAAUGUCAUCAUCUGGGGCAACCACUCCUCCACUCAAUAUCCAGAUGUCAACCAUGCGAAGGUUAACGUGAAAGGAAAGGAAGUUGGAGUUUAUGAAGCUAUAAAAGAUGACAGCUGGCUGAAGGGAGACUUUAUCCUGACUGUUCAGCAACGUGGAGCAGCAGUUAUUAAGGCCAGGAAGCUGUCCAGUGCCAUGUCAGCUGCCAAAGCUAUCUGUGAUCACGUGAGGGACAUCUGGUUUGGUACUCCAGCGGGGGAAUUUGUUUCGAUGGGAGUCAUUUCUGAUGGCAAUUCUUACGGUGUUCCUGAAGACUUGCUAUAUUCAUUCCCUGUUGUGAUCAAGGACAAGGCCUGGAAGUUUGUUGAAGGUCUUCCUAUUAAUGAUUUUUCUCGUGAGAAGAUGGAUCUUACUGCUAAGGAGUUAGCUGAAGAGAAGGAGACUGCUGUGGAAUUCCUCUCCAGUGCAUGACUAGGUCAUGAGGAAAUACAAAAUCAUUUAAGAGUGGAAGAAUCUAAGAGUCGUCUUUAGGUCUGCUACCAAACACUAUUACUGUAUCCAAGUCAACUGUCUGUGGCCAUUGUGCAUUUUAAAGUUCAUAAGCUUACUGGUACUGUUGUGCCUCUGGAGUUAUUAGCAAAAAUGUUAUUAAAGAAGUAAAACUAGUUUGUUGACCAAA